AUGGAAAUAGAAGCCAUUCAGUUGGAAGAAGCCCAUGUUCAUAAUGUUUAUAAGCAAACAGCACCAUACUUCAAUGAACUCCGAAGCAAGGCGUGGCCCAGUGUCCGACAGUUUCUCCUGGACCAAAAACCAGGCAGCCUUAUUGCUGAUGUUGGUUGUGGGAUUGGAAAGUAUCUUACUGUUAACAGCCAGGUUUAUAAGUUGGGCAGUGAUUAUUGCAGUCCAUUGGUGGAGAUUGCCAAAAGACAUGGACACGAAGUCAUGGUUUGUGAUAACCUAAUUCUCCCGUACAGGGAUCAGUGUUUUAAUGCAAUCAUCUCUAUUGGAGUGAUUCACCAUUUCUCAACAAAAGGCAGACGUAUCCGAGCAAUAAAAGAAAUGACAAGGACUUUGCACCGUGGAGGACAAAUGAUGAUUUAUGUGUGGGCAAUGGAACAAAAACACCGCCACUUUGAAAAACAGGACAUCUUUGUUCCUUGGAACCGAUCCUGGUGUUCUCGACCGUCAUCGGAGUCCGGUCAAGGCCACAACAAGCCCAUGGCUGUGAACACAGUCAAAGCACAAGAUAAAGAUCAAUUGAAAACAGCUCCAACUGAGGCCAGUGCAAUGUUGCCUCUCAGGCAGGAUCAACACACCACACUUUCGUACAGAACUGACAAUUACACCUUGUUAGAAAACUGCUGCUCCAGGAUGUGUGAAGAUCAAGAGCAUCGAUUUUACAAGAAUCUAGGAAAAUCACUUCGUUCAUGGUUCUUCUCCAAAUCACUUGAUGAGGCUGCAAUGCAGACACACAUCGAUCACCUUAAAUCAAUGAGGAAAUCACCAGAGCUCAUCCACAAAUGGAGAAACAACUUACAGCCGGUGGGGAAUUUGACGUUAUCUUCUAGGCACUGCAGUUUGGAUGGGGAUUGUCCACCAUUAAUGAAGAGAGACAGUUUUGAAGAUGAAGUAUUCACUGAAAAUCCAAACCAUAAAGAAUCGCAGUGGUUGGAGAGUAAUUUGAAAGAGAAAAAUGGGAGCCAAAGUGAAUCCUACAGACACGAACUAAAUCCUUACCAGGCUAACAGACAGAUUUUUGAGAAAAAUGAUGAAGCAACAAGAUCCAAGGGAAGUACAAGUCCUUUUAAAAGGACUUCCACAAUAGAAUCACCAGAUUCUGUGAUUGACAGUACUAGAUCUGUAGCUUUGGAUGAUAAGCAGGAGGAAUUUGCAGACGCUACAGAAUUCAUGAGAUAUUAUCAUGUCUUCAGGGAAGGAGAAUUGGCUCAGCUAAUUAACGAGAAUGUACAUGAACUUCAUAUCCUCAGUUCUUGUUAUGAUCAUGGUAAUUGGUGUAUUAUAGCAGAAAAAGAAUGAUGUGCAGAGAUUAUGAACUGACACACAUAUAUUCAAUACAGAAGCUUGGGUGGCAACUCUUUAAUCCACUAAAUGUUAAUCACACAUUGCAACAAGACUGUUUGUAAUUAUUGCUAUGGCCAUGAUAAGCACAAUAUUGACUAUGUUAAACAUUGAUAAUGCUAAAAAUUUAAUUACAAGGCCCAGUUAUUUGUGCAGUUGAAUAUUACAGAUACAAUUGGAUAGUAUUUUCAUCAUAUGUUCUCAUGGGUGCUACUUGAAUUGAGGCAAAGCAUGAGUGCAGACAGUGCUAACAAGGUAGUGGGUGUUAAAACGACCAUUUCCAUUUUGUUUAUAGGAUACAUUUUAGGGCCAAGCAGUAAUAUGUUAUAAGGACAUUGAAACAUACCACCUCACAAGGGCAAAGAGACUUUACCCAUCAACAGUAAUGUCACAAUAACCCUGGUCUCAGGAGUUGCAUUGGACUAACUAUCCCCCACGCAGUGAGAA